UCCAUCUUCCGUUCCAGUUUCACAUUGUCAGGGCUUUACAAGCCUACAGUUUGUCUUUGUGGCAGCACCAAGCUCUGCCAAGAUGGCAUUUUCCUGCACAUUAAUCCUGAUGUCCUGUCUGGUUGUGUUAGGAAGAGCAGACACUGGGAACCCGGGAGCAGUGGUGAGAAUCACACAGAAGGGACUGGAUUAUGCCCGCCAGAUAGGAAUCAAUGUCCUGCAGCAGAAGUUGUCAAGUAUUCAGCUACCAGAUUACUCAGGAUCCUAUGAUGUCGGAUUUCUCGGAAGUGUGGAUUAUCACAUCUCUGGCAUGGCUAUAACCAGUGUCCAGCUGCCCAGCUCACAGAUUGUGUUUGUUCCUAACGUCGGCUUGAAGGUUUCCAUUGAUCAGGCUUUUAUUGCCAUACAUGGAAAUUGGGGAGUAAAGUACUUGUUUGUAUCAGACAGCGGUGACUUCGACUUGCAGGUCCUGAGAAUAUCAAUUUCUGUUGGGCUGAGUUUAGGAAGUGAUGGAUCUGGUAGGCCAACAGUGUCCACCUCCGACUGUAGUGCAAACAUUGGAGACAUGAAAGUACACUUCACAGACACCAUCGACUGGCUUGUUAACCUCUUUGAUGACGCCAUUGCAUCAUCCCUAAGGCAAACUAUGCAAAAUCAGAUAUGUCCGCAGGUUAUUGAUGCAGUAAAUAAUCAUCUGCAGCCUGUUUUGCAGAGCCUUCCAGUUUCAGUAAAACUUGAUCAUGUGGCAGCUAUUGAUUACUCACUGACGGGGCCUCCAACUGUGACGCCUGGAAAUUUGGAUGUGCACAUGAAGGGUGAAGUUUUUGAAAUUGCCCACCGUGCCACACCGCCGUUUUCACCACCACCAUUGUCUCUACCAGAGGACCACAACCUGAUGGUCUACUUUGCUGUCUCAGAUUACUUAUUCAAUACAGCUGGCUAUGUCUAUCAGUCAGCUGGAAAGCUUGUCUUCAAUGUGACUGAUGACAUGGUUCCAAAAGGUUCUCCAAUGAGACUGAAUACCUCAGCUUUUGGAAUAUUAAUACCACAGUUGGAAAAGAUGUAUCCAGAUAUGCUUAUGAAGCUAGUAAUUACAUCACACUCUGCUCCAUCUCUGAAUAUCAACCCAGGAAAUGUGAGCAUGGCGCCAUUGGUGGACAUCCAGGCCUAUGCAAUACUUCCAAACUCAUCCCUGGCUCCGCUCUUCCUUUUAAACCUGAAAACUGAUGUGUUUGCAAAUGUUGCAGUCAAUUCCAGCAGGAUUGUGGGAAACCUGAAACUUAGCAGGGUAGACAUUGAGCUGAAACAUUCUGAUGUCGGACCAUUCUCGGUGGGGCUUAUACAGACUGCUGUGAAUUUUUACCUCUCAAGCACCCUUCUUCCUAAAGUCAAUGAAAAACUUAAUGAGGGCAUUCCCUUACCUUUACUGGACCAUGUGCAGCUUGAAAACAUUAUUCUGAAGCAAUAUGAACACUACCUCCUGUUGGGAGCUGAUGUUCACUAUGGAUGAAUGAUGGGUAACAACGGCGACUAUCUGUCUGAACCGGUUUAUACAGAUAGUGUUAUCAAUGAGUCAGUCCAUCUAUUUUUCUUCUAUGGUUUUAUUGCUGCAAUACAAGACUGCUACAUCUCAUAACCGAAUUACCAUGUGUGCCAUUAUACUACUUGUGUUCAUUUCUUAAAGGCGUCAACGCAGAGAGAUGGAGAUCAAACAUAAAAACACUGAAGAAAUCAAAGAUCCCUGGUGGGGGCACAUUUUAAUGCUGGUGUGCCCAAAUGAAAGUGGGUGUGGUCGGUGAUAAGGCAGUAAAAUAAAUCAUACAUCUCCAGUAACAUUCCCUCUUACAUUGCUGGUCAUGCCCCCCCCCCCCAUUGUAGGGCCCCAUUACACUGCUCCCUAUUAUAGGUCUGUUCAUCAUUAUAGUAUAAGUUUGUACGACCAGUACCACCAAUAUGUCCCUCAGUGUCAUCAUAAUGUGCCACCAUGUCACCUCAGGGCCAUCUUUAUGCCACCCUGUCACGUCAGUGCUACCAUUAUGCCCCUCCCAGUUCCACCAUUAUGUCCCCCCCAGUGAAACCAUGUCCC